GGCCUUGAGGCCGCCCCUCACCAGCGUCCCCGGCCCGGAACACGCGGUCCCCGCCGCGCAGGGCCGGGCCCGGGCCGGGGCUCGCACCUCCCUGCAGCGCGGCCGGGGCCGGGGGGGAGGUCUCCCACCCGCACACGGCCCACAGCCCGGGCCCGGCCGGGGAGACCGCUCCUGGGGAGCCCGUGGCAGCUGUGGGCCUCCCCUGCCCGGCAGGAGCUGGAUGAGCAGGACUCAGCGGGGGCUGAGGGUGCAUUAGUGCCUCGUGUCGUCCAGACCGGAGCCGGUCCAGCACCGAGAGCUGUGGGGGCAGGACGCGACGCAGGCCAUGCAGCCCCCUUGCGAGGCCGAGCUGCCCUCCGCGACCCCACAGCUGGCAGCGCGGGAUGAGCUCCCCACCCCAGAGCCCUGGCGCCAGCUCUUCCGUGGCCUGCGCUACCGGGAAGCCGAGGGCCCAGGGAAGAUUUGCAGCCGCCUGCGGGAGCUGUGCCGGCGCUGGCUGGAGCCCCAGCACCGCAGCAAGGAGCAGAUGCUGGAGCUGGUGGUGCUGGAGCAGUUCCUGGCCAUCCUGUCUCCGGAGAUGCGGAGCUGGGUGUGCGGGUGUCACGUGGAGACAUGUGCCCAGGCCGUGGCCCUGGCCGAGGGGUUUCAGCUGGGGCAGGCGGAGGAUGAGAAGCUCCAGGUCACGGCGCGUGUGAAGGUCGAGGAGGGGUCGUCGGACCAGAUGCAGCCCCCGCGGGCCCUGACGGAGCCUGGUGAUUCCUGGGGGCAGCAGCCAAAUGCCCAUGGUGAGGACAGGUGUCUGGAGGAGGCAGGAGAGCGGGAAACCCCAGGGCCCGAGGAUGAACUGCCCCAUGUCCCCGAAGAGGAGCCCCCGCCCAACCCGGAGCCAGGUGCUGGGACCCUGAGCAGAGCGGAUCAGCAGCCUCCAGAGGAAGGGCCUGUAAACCUGGAGCCGCAGAGACCCUCCCCAGGGAGACGGGGACAGAGCGGCUCCCUGACACCUGGGCCGGGCCAGCUGCAGGAGGGGCAGGGCAGGCCGGCGAAGCAGGGGCAGAGCAUGGAGCUCUCGGAGGUGUUUGAGGACGUGGCAGUGUACUUCACACGGGAGGAGUGGGAGCUGCUGGAAGAGGAGGACAAGGGGCUUUACUGGGACCAGAUGCUGAGGAACUACCAAGCCCUCCUUUCCCUGGGUAAAGCUCUGGUUCUUGCCUCUCCCUGCAGCCAUGUGAGCUCUGAAGUAGUGUUGUCUUCUCCCUGGUUUUCAAGCAUCUCAUUCUCAUAAGCUUUUGGCAGGUGUCUUAAAUACUCUUCCUCCUGACUGCUCUGUCAGUGAUCUGAUGUCUCUGGCAUUUCAUGUUGAAAUCUGCUCCCUCCUCUGAUCCAGUCACCUUCACUGGAGUCUUCCCCAUUCCUGUAGCUCCUGGUACUGACAUUCAGCUCCUUCUUGGCGAAUGAUCCCCCUUUGCCUUCUCAGCCUGUGCACAUCUUCUCCAUCACCGCCUACAAAUUCAUUCACAGACGGUCCUUGGAGAAUUAUUGUGAUUUUUCGCCCGGUUUCGUAGUGUCUCCUGUUCAAUCCCAUUCAACAAUCUGAGCGUGCUCAGUUCAGUGCUGUCUA